AUCGUGUUUCGAGUCUCGGUGCGUACGGAUGUACGCAUGCUGUCGGUCUCGUCGUUCUCCUCGUGGUAAUCGCGUCGCGUUUUGAAACCGUUUUCGAUUCCGUGUCGUCGUCAGACAUGUUUACAAACGUGUCUUCAACUCGUGAAAUUCCAAAUAGAGCUACAGCGUCGUGCAACACAUGGCGAAUGGUGAAAUAAAGCAUUGCAAGUGAUAUUUUCGCGGCAGUUUUCGGUACGACGCCGAAACAACCGGGCUCAUCCCGGCUUCCCUGUGAGUUGGUUGAUCCAGUGAUACGAUAAUGUAAUCGGUGAAGUUAGUGUGCAUAACGACGGUGUUUAAAAGUGUGUUUUAAUUGUAUUGUGCCUGAGUGAAAACGUGCUGCAAUUUAAUUUACACCUUCAGUCUUCACCAAAAGUUGUGUUUCAACUGCGUGUGUGUUGUUUUCGUUUGAAAUCCUUCACUGCGCGUUGUAAAAGCAAGUUCCAAAAUAGUAGCCCGCCAGAACGAGAGAGAGAGUGAGCGAGAAAAACAGCCCGGCAUCGAAAGUCUAUUAUUACAAUCUAAAUAGCAAGGGCGACAACAGCACAACAAAAAAGGUGUGCGUGCAAAAUUUCCACCCUCCAUUAGUUAAGGGGAAGAAAAUUGCAAACGGAAAACAGCAUCCCCGGCCGUCACUUUUUCCGGCACAGGCAGCCGGUUCCGUUACGGUGCUACACACUGCCCUCGGUGUGUGUGUGAAGCACAGUGUUGUGUAGCGCGCCCGAUGUGUGCGUGAAGAGCUAGCUGUCUGGUGGGUGUAAUUCGUGGUUCCCUCUUUGGGGGGUUUUGUAUAUUUUUGCCGGUGGUAACUUUUCGGCCGGCCAGAAAACGUGAUGUAAAGGCUGUGUUGGUGGGCGUGAGUGCGUGCCGCUCGCUUACGGUGUUUAAUUGGUGUUAGUGCAGGCAAGUCGACGGCGAAGGGUCGCGCCAUAACGAAACACACGCAGCAGCAGUGUUGUUCGCGCGGUACAACGCGAUGCAUCGUUUACCGGGCAAUGUGCGUUAGUGUGUGAAGGAGAGAAAGAAAGCGAGAAUAAGAGAGAGAGAGAGAGCAAGCGAGUGAGAAUUCUACUGUUGCCGGCUGGUGUUGUUUCGUGGGUCGGUUGCUGCUGCUGCAAAAAAAGCACCUGUUCAAUGUUUUCGCACCGUAGCAGCAUUCUGUAAUUCAGCAGUGUGUUUAUGUUUCUGGCUGUGUGUGUGCGUGCAUUUGUAUGUGUGUGUGCAUUAAUGUUUGAUCGGAAAGCAAGAGCAAUUCAUAUCGCAAGCAAGCUGAAAUUAGCAUAACCCCGGAGUGAAAGUGCAGUCAGAACCGGGUGCGUGUGUGUGAGUGUGUGUGUGUGUGCGCCGGGUGAAGAUAGCAAAAGCAAAUCGAAAAUGGCCGCUUUAAGGCGGUUCGGGAUGGCCAGAUGGAUGGUGGUCGUCGUCCCGCUGUGUCUGCUGCUGCUGCAGCCCGUAGCGAUCGCAAUCCAGCAGCAGCAGGAAACGAUUGUGGCGCACGAGGUCGAGCUGAGCGUGGCCGGCGAAGAGUUCCAGGAACACGGUCGGUGCGAACCGAUCACGAUCCCGUUCUGUGCCGGCAUCCCGUACAAUAGUACGAAAAUGCCAAACCGGUUCGGUCACACCCGGCAGGAGGAAGCGGCACUGGACGUGCACCAGUACGUGCCGCUGGUCAAGAUCGAUUGCAGCCCGGAUUUGAAGUUCUUCCUGUGUGUGCUGUACGCACCGAUCUGUACGUUCCUGGCCGAACCGCUGCCGCCGUGCCGGUGCCUGUGCGAAAGUGCCCGGGCCUGCGAAACCAUCAUGAAAACGUUCGAUUUCGCGUGGCCCGAAAAUCUCGAGUGUUCACAGUUCCCGGAGAACAUCGAGGGCAACCUGUGCGUGGCGAAGAACAAGUCGAGCGAACCGACACCGAUACCGACGAGCGCAUCGUCGUCCGCCGGCUAUCCGACGAAAACGGUGGCCGCACCGUACGUACCGCCCCAUCGGAAAGUGUCCGGUGGUACGCCGGUCGGUGUGGGGACCGGUGUGGGCAGCGGUUUGGUCGGAACGCAUCGUGAUUUGGGUUUCAUCUGUCCGGUGCAGCUGAAGGCACCGACACUUAUGGGGUACCAGUUGACCAUCGGUGGAAAGGUUACCAAGGAUUGCGGUGCACCGUGCAACUCGAUGUUCUUCUCGGAAAAUGAGCGUACCGUGCUGAAGUACUGGGUCGGUUCGUGGGCUGCCGUAUGCGUGGCGAGCUGCCUAUUCACGGUCUUAACGUUCCUGAUCGACUCGUCCCGCUUUCGGUAUCCGGAGCGUCCGAUAGUGUUUCUGGCGAUAUGUUACCUGAUCGUGGGCUGUGCGUAUGUGGCCGGGCUCGGUGCCGGUGAUUCCGUUGCCUGCCGGGAGCCCUUCCAAUCCCAUAUCAAAAUCGGACGGAUGCAAAUGCUAUCAACUAUCACACAGGGCCAUCGUCAAUCAACGUCGUGCACGGUGCUGUUCAUGGCGCUGUACUUCUGCUGCAUGGCGGCAUUCGCGUGGUGGGCCUGCCUAGCGCUGGCCUGGUUCCUGGCGGCCGGUCUGAAGUGGGGCCACGAAGCGAUCGAGAGCCGUUCGCACCUGUUCCAUCUGGUGGCGUGGGCUAUUCCGGCGGUGCAGACCAUAUUUGUGCUGGCGCUGGGAAAAGUUGAAGGUGACGUGUUGUCAGGUGUUUGUUUCGUCGGUCAGCUGGACACACACUCACUGGCCAUGUUUCUGCUGAUACCGCUCGUCAUCUACCUCUCGAUCGGAGGAAUCUUCCUGUUGGCCGGAUUUGUGUCCCUCUUCCGCAUUCGCACCGUCAUGAAGCACGACGGCACCAGGACGGACAAACUGGAACGAUUAAUGCUGCGGAUCGGGUUCUUCAGCGGACUGUUCAUCCUGCCGUCGCUCGGCUAUCUCGCCUGCCUGUUCUACGAGUACUAUCACUUCGACGAUUGGAUGAUCCAGUGGAACAGACAGAUGUGCAAGAUCUUCUCGAUCCCGUGCCCGGCCGCUCGGCAUGGCCCCCCCGAUCCGAAGCCCAUCUUCCACAUCUACAUGGUGAAGUACGUCUGCUCGAUGCUGGUCGGGGUGACGUCGAGUGUGUGGCUGUGGUCCGGCAAGACCGUCGUCAGCUGGCGGCAGUUUGCCGAACGGCUCCAGGGAAAGGACACGCGGAGCCGCGGUGCGUACGUCUAGUAGAGGGUAACGCGGGUGCGUAUCGUCGCCCAUCAUCCGGCGGUGCGCAUUACCGCGCGAGUCAUUAGGUUUUAGGAAGAGGCGUCACCAUCAUCAUCACCAUCAUCAUACCCCCCAUCCUCAUGUUGCACGAUCACCAGGAACGGUAGGUUAAACGUCCGGAACGCUUCUGCGGAAGACUUCCCUGACUCCAUAUUCACCGCCCAUCAUCAUCACCCCAUUCAUUGCACACCAUCCGACUCAACCGAACGCCUCAAAAGCUGACAUUAAACCCCGCAGCAGCAUGGUAGGAGCAGGAUUUGGGCUGCUCCUACUGGAGAAUUAAAUAGACAGAAGGAGAAGGGAGAUAGAUCGCAUAGAUAAGAUAUGUUUCGUUCGAGGUUAAUUUUGCGAAUGACCAAAUAUCUGUGUAGGUACGCAUCGUGAACGCUUGAACGCAGAGAAUGCAUUUAGAACUUACUAAUUUGCUGCUGCUUAGUAUACAUUGCGGUAUAUAUAUAUACAUUGUACAGGUAGUAGAGUGGCUUCUGUCUCUAAGUAUUGUGUAUCGCUGACAGCAGCUCCCUUCGCAUAAUGAUGUUAGCUUACAUUGGGACCGCUAUCCUCUGUGCCGCUUAAACUCACUCAAUUACUCGAGGUGAUAGGAAGUGUACCAAGCGAAGGAGAGCGCACGCGUUGCGAACGAAGGAACAGGACGUUACGUGCGUUAUGUGAUGCAUUUCAAGCGCAAGCGAAUGAUGAGAUGAGUCUACACAAUCUCUCGGUUUAGGAAUUCUUGAAGAUACGGUACAGGGAAGGAAUCAUAGGUCGCAGCCAGAUACACAAAUGAGCAAAAAAUAAGCGCAAUGACACAUUUUUUUAAUCUCAAUUACAAAGCUUAGUAUCGCUUAGUGAUGCAAUGUAACGCAUGUAAAGGUUUUACGUUAACUUUAAUGGUUAACUUCCUUCACAUUUGUUUUUAAAAUGUUAAUAGAACAUCAACUAAAUAUUUUAUUUUGAUCAACAAAAAGUUUCAGCUGUCAUUUUCACUUAUUUUCCGCCCUUUGUGUGUUCAGGAUGCGACCUGGCAGUAGACGUUAAAUAGUGAACAGGGAGGUAAUAACGUACGAAUGUUUCGUAUCGCGGAAAUGCAUUUGUGUGUAAGAAUAAGUAAACUAGAUUCUAUAGCUGUACCAUACCUACCUUCGUGCUACCCCUUAGUGCUAGUAGCGUAUAUUCGUAAGUAGUUUGUAACAUUCGCGUCAAUCCUUCCCCGAUCACCGAUUUCCAAGCGGAUCUGUAUCAGUGGACGAUCGCCCUGUACAUACAUAGAACGUUAGGUAAGACCAGCUAAGUAUAGUGCGAAAGGAAGAUUCGAAUUUGCCUAGAUAAAAUGAUGCAGCCACCAUGAUUGAGGAGAAUGUGGUGCUUUAAACUAGUUAGGGGAACGCUCCAUAAACGCGCCUGCGAGCACUGUUAGCAUUGGGUUAGGUUCCGGUUUUAGGUCGUCCCGAAAUGCGGUAGCACAGAUCUUCUAAUUUGCUCGUAAACCACCCCGUUCGUAAAGCGUCAAAUCCUGCAGAAGGAUCUCUUCACUGGAUUAGGCACGAGCGUACAAAAGCUGCUCUCAUGCAAUGAUGAAAUGUGACCCGGAUCUCGCUUCUUCAACCCCAUUAUCUAUCCAGCCGGUCGCCGUUUAAAGCAGCAUUCGCUAAAGGAGGAUGCUAACUAGCUUCAACCUUCCUAUCGUCACUAAUUGGGGCACAAUUCGAAGCGUGGUGCCUAUGACAAUCUUGGAGACACCACACACAACACGUACCAAAUUCGCGUACCAUUAUUGCGUCCAAAAACGCCCUUGCCGUUGCAAGUAUCUGUCAUUACACUGUCCACGAGUUCACGCGAAAUUGUUCACUUGGAACGUUCGUAAGAACAAUCGUCGCGCUCGUGGAGCACCGAAUCUAGCACCGAAAACCCAAUCGUUGUCAUACAUGAAUAUUAAUGACAGUGUAAGCCAUUAUCGGUGGGUUAUGUGGUUCGGUUUGGUCGGUCUAGGCAUCCACUUCCAGCUAGUCUUUGCACCGCAGAGAGCUUUUCCCGGUACCGAUUCUAAGCCGGUCAAGGAUGCUGAGCUAUCUGGGUCGGGUGCGAUACACUCCGGAUCCCUGGCACGUGCGUACGUGUGCGUCUCAUUAUGCUGGUCUAGUUUGUGAUUUGAGAUUCCGAUAGUGUCACAUCGUACGCGCCCUGCGCCGGAGGUUACGUAUGCUGCGUAGCACACCUGCGUAACGCCCGGAUCCCUUCAGCGUGACAGAACAAGAAUUGUAAUUGGAUGCGACCGUGGAAGCUUUCACCUCGGCCUCCCCAUCGCAGGGAGUCAUUAAUUAUCCGAAGCAGAUUAUAUUUGCCGUACAGCUUAGAAUCCAAGGGGAGGAUGGAAAGGAUCUUACGCUGGGAAGUAAAUUUUCGGUCGCGCGCGCGCUACGACGGUGCGGUUUUGUGAUUGUAAAGUGGUGUGUCCUUUCCAACCACCAGGUCCACGUGUCUAGGCAACUUAAUUAAUCAUCGCGCCGACAUCAGCUGCUCGGAAAAGCGUUCGGGGAAAUUUAAAAACAAAACCACAUCCGUACUAGAGCAACAGCAAGAGCGAUUCCUCCUAGGUGGAGAGAUCGUUUGAGCUUUGACCAAGCAGUCGUUGCCUUGCCAACCCCAAGAAGUCAUACAAUAAUUUUUCAAUUAACGAUUAACCUUCCGGGGGGAACCUUUUCCGAGGGAGCUGUACGGUGGUCGGUGUACAAUGGCCACAUGUUCGCAUGAUUACUUACGCAGGAGGGAACUUCUAGCUCUCCUCAUGGAUGUCCUUUUUUGUUGGGCUAUUUUCGGUGCCGGAAAUCAACCAGUGAAAGGCAACCUCAAUUGUCGAGGAUUCGUCCCAUGCCCACCAUCCUCCACACGGCAAAACCGGAGGAUAAGUGCCUCAAAGUGACGUGAUAAAUUAAUGCCCAGUAUUACGAACGACGACGACAACCGGGAGGGGCGAUGAGACGUUAAGGGCGGCGAGUGGUUGUUUAAUUUUGCAUCGUCCCCGUUAGAAAUGGCACAUGAAAUGGAUAAUGAAACGAGCCAUGAAAAUUAAAAUGCAAAGUACACCGAAGAAAGACAGCGCACUAAUCCGCUCGCUCGCGCCGCACAGACCGAGGGCAUUCACUCGCCAUGGAGAUACAGUGGAGACUACAUCGUCCAACAAUUUUUGAGUUGGUGUAUUUUUGUUUUCAUGAAUCCUCCGUCCUUCCUGUUGCUUCGAGGUUUUCUCUUGCUCGGGGGUCGCCAUUGGUCCGGGUGGACCUCGGAUCUGAUGUGCGCGUACUUGUACGCCCCGCAGCAUCGUAUCGGUUGACGGCAAAUAAAAUUGUGUUUAUGUUUUUAAUUUAAUUUUACGAUUAUUGCUGCUGGUGGUGCUGGCUUGUGUGUGUUUUUCUUUUUUUUUUGCCGUCUUCUGCUGUUGCCUCUCUCACUCACUCGGAUCGCUUUAUGAGAUUCAGAUUUGCGCGAGUCCUUCUGGCCGCUCUUCGCCGAGGAUUUUUGCUCACCGGAUGACACACCGGUCUCGUGGUAGUUGGCAUUCCGAUGCAAAAAUGUUGCUUUAUUACAUAGCAAUAUGCAACCGUUCGCUUCAGGGCUGAUGCUUGGAGCUGGAUCAGAAACGGGGGAGGGAGAGGGCUUCCCCGGGUUUUUGUUUUUCGUGCGUAAUAAAAUAAACAUUUCGCCUGCAUCCUUUUGACACUGAUGAAGCUAUUCAAACUAUUAAGCUUAUAGUCUGGUCUUAAAGUGAUGCUUGUUGUGUAUAAAUUUUAAGCAAAGAUUUUUUAAUGAAGUUGCUUGCUCUUCAGAGCAUCGUAGCGUAUUCAAGUUUACCGGACGAAGCAAUCCUUUCCGAUCAGCUUAUUGUCACCUCUGUUUGUAGCUCAGUAGAAGGAACACUCUUCAUCGAAAUCGAAAUUACAAGUGAAUAUUCCCCCGUAGCAUUUUUUUUUUUAUUUUUAAUAGUUUUGUUUUUCACAAGCCACAAAAUUUAGUUGCAAACGAGAAAACGCUUUCAUCCCCCACUUCCCAUCAGUAGCAUGCGGUGCAGAUAUUUUUAACUCGACAGUUCAAAACAAAACACUUCAAAUAUAAAAAAUAAAACCCCUCGCGAACGGCACGAAAACUAGUGAAGAGCUGGUAAACCUUCGUUAAGGAUGUUUGCGGUGUCGUGUCGCUCGUUUCCUAAACAAAAAGGCUAUCUUCGCUCAGUACCGCUGUCGAACGGAGCCUCGGAGAAUCCUCUCGAGGAAAGCUAUCUUUUACUAUCGUUGCUUACGUUUAUUUCACCAACUUUUUUUUUUAAACUUUGAACAAAAAGUAAGGACGAAGAUUGCGAUUUCUUUUCAAACACAGCUUCUCGUCAGCUAGCCGAGCGUGAGGUUGACGACGGACGGACGGGUUUUGUUCGUUGCCUGCGCGAACUCAAUCAAUUCUCAAGAGGGUUUCGGGGUUCCCCACGUUUGGAAGGCCCGUCGAUAGUGGAUCGUUCUGUCAUUGGCAGGCAAACAAAAUUGUGUCCCUUUCUCAACUUCAAGGCUAUUGCUUGAAGUUGCUGCUCCACCCCAGCAGCUCGAAGGACUCAAAAAGGUAAACAGAUGCACAGAUUUCCUUCCAUUUCGUUCCCCCGACUUCUCAUGAGUGUGUUGACUGAGACUGCUUCUGCUUGCUCGGUCGCCAUCCGGACAUUUCGGAAGAAGGACAUUCGUGCACACACACACACACGCACCACAAAACCUAUCACUCGCUACGGCAAACCUUCUUGAAAUUGGAAUUGAUUUCCUUCAAGUGUGAAACUACCGACAGCGUGAUGGAGCACCGUAGCUCAGAUUUCAUAUUUACAUGCAACAACAAAAAAAAAGCGGAUUAAUUUGUAAGCGAUGAAUGACGACUUCUUCGACCCUUCUCCGAAUAUCUUCCUCCAAAUGGGUUCGAUUAAUUUUCCCGAGCAACAAACAAAAAAACUUUUCCCAUCUUUACGCCAAUCGUACCCAUUCCCAUCCAACUCAUUUUUUCUCCCCAUUCGAACGAGGGAAGUGAUCGCGAUAAUGGGCGAUUUCUCUCCUGGGAUCAAUAAAUAAAUUUUUAUCUUCACCAUUGCGGCAAAACAAAAAAAAAACCUUCGUCCCUUUAUUCGUAUCUUGGUGCAGAUGAGCUGAAGCAGAGAGAAGGGCGAACACUUCUCAAAAGCACAAGCAAAGGGAACGGUUCGUCCUGGUGUGUCGCGUAAAUGGGCGAGUUCCUUGCCGACGUAUUUAUUUUUGCCCCGCGAACCAGUUUUUGGUGUGUUUUGCUGUGUUUUGCCUACGUUUAUUAAAAUAGUUAUGCGACGCGUGAAGAUAAAUGCCUAUUAGAAACGCACGUCUGCUCUGCUUUACAUCAGACUCAAGAGAGAGAGCAUUUAUUUACAUGAAUAUACAUAAUGUCCAGGUUAUACAAGUAUCAACCAUUUGACGUUUGUCGGUUAGUUCCUAACUGUCAGUUCGAUCCACCAACAAUGCCACCCCAGUGGCGGUGCAAAUAAAUCAACCCUCGUCUUGUAAAGGAAAUUGGAACACUUCUGCAGGAUUGACGUCCCAUCGAACCGGAACAAAAAAGCUAAGGUCCAAACGGACAAACUUGUUUCGAUUACCCGAUUUUUGUUAAUGCUUUUACAACUAUCUGCCAACGAUUGUUAUGCUUCCCGUAACACCCAAACCUCGACCAACUUCUUCACAGCAGAAGAUUUCACUUUAUUAUACCUUCCAUAACGAUUUGUCAAUUCACGAUCAGCAGUUCCUGGUCGAUUCGCUAAGGGAGCCCGACAAAGUUGGGUUCGGUUUUCGUUAAAGUAAGCGUCCGCCGAGAGGAAACAGAAAUCAAAAUAUUGUUAUUUAAAAAGGGGGAAAAGGAACAAAGAAAUCGCCCUGCGUGUGUUGUUGUGCUUCAAACAAAUGCCAAAUAGUCGAUCAACCGAACAAUUUUGAUCGGUUGUAGCUACAGUAUCUCCAUAUAUCGCUACUAGCCGGGGAAGAUGUCCCCCAAACUGUGCAGCAGGAGUGUAUCGUUUACCGCUAGUGAUUAAGUUAAAGAGGUUGCUCUUCUUUUACCCACGAGCUCCGUAGCGCGUUGCGGAUGAAAUUAAGCGCGAACAGGAACAGAGAAAAUUUAAUUGUUAAACAAUGUGUCAUAAAAUGUAAAUGCUGAUAUGUUGAACACCGUGGGGCCCUUCUCCCCGCUCGUGUAAUGAUUCGCUUUUUCAGCAUUUGCCUUUCAUGUAGUCAUUAAUUUAGAUUUCGUUAGCCGGAUCCGGCCGGCCUGAUGCUCAUGUUACGGGGUGGAAAAACCGCCAGCCCCUCCCAGUUUGGUGUGAUUUUUUUUGUUACGACAAAAACAGAGUUGAUGAAUUCUGAAGGCUUCGCGAGCACUUAGCAGGAAAAUUCAAACAAAAACAAAACUCAUCAACACCAACUCGGGCCGGGUUUACCCGUCACCCGCUCCAUGGCAUGGUGUGUUGGUGUGGGAAAGCGUGUCUCCGGUGUCCACCGGGCCGAAUGUUUCUAUACAUACACACAUAUUGUACAAACAGCAAACAUUAUACAUUAAACGAACGAACGAGUAAGAAAAGCUAUUCUAGAAUCGAGUAACGGAAGCGUUGGCGGCGCGUCAGUUUGUACAUUAAAUAAGUGAAGCAAAAAAGCAGCAAAACGUGGCAGCAAGCAAACGCGCCUGACUAUAAAUAAUACUAUUAUACAUAUACAGACACACAAACCAUACUCUAUAGGCAAGGGAAACAAUGCUCGUGGUGACUAAGAUAAUGACAAGAAAGUGUACAUCGGAUAAAGUGACAGGCAAACGCGCAUCAAAAAUAUGAACUAUUAGAAGAAUCUUUA